UUGUGCAUCAUGAAAGGUCCAUCUUCACAUCCCGCCUAGAGCCCCGUAGGAAAGAACGGGAAUGCCCACAAACCACAGACGUCUGCACCGACGACUUCCCCACCUGUGGACUCGCCGACAACGGACAGACUGUGGACGACGUUGAAGCGCGUGGUGCCCGAUCGAAAAGCCCUUGCGGAUGCAACGUCACAACUGGGAAAGACACAAGUGAUGGAUGUGGCGCGCCGCGGACUGGACGCGGCUCAACGGUCGAUCGUGGACGCGACCUCGCAUGGCGCAAAGUACAUCCAGGACAAAUCUCACCAAGGCGCUCAAGCAGUGCAAAAGGUAGCUGUGGAAGCUACGACGAAACGCGUCCAAGCCCUACAGAAUGCUACGACACACGUUGCCUCGAAAGGCGUGCAAGCGGUACAGCAAGCGAUCGUCGGCGUUGGGACAAAGAGCGCACAAGUUGUGCAGGCCACGACUGACAGCGUCAAGACUAGGGCAAAGGAAUCGGCUGCGUAUGUCCAUCGCCAUACGACCAAGAAAGCGGUCGAUGCCGGCAGUGCGUUGGUCGAGUCGUCGUCGGCCGCGUUGAAGCACACGACAGAGCGUUUGCAUGCCUCCACCGAACACCUGCGGGAUCCCGCCAAAGCCGCGCGGCGAGUGCGCAAUCAAGUGCUGCUGCUGGUGUUUUCAGGCAUUUUUGUCUACGGUUUCGCUUCGUCGUUGCCGUCGGCACUGGCUAAAUAUGCCGUCGAGAGGCAAAAGCACCAACACCGGACCAACGACACCGUCCACGCCGCAGAAAGCUCACAAGUUGUGUAAAACCAUGCCUACCAUUCCCUUGUACCGUUUCGG